AUAAAGCUGUCGAAAUGGUCGGCAUGAGGCUCGCUACCACACGAAAUAACUAAAGGUAAUGCCGGAUAGCAGCCCGAACGCUCCCAGUUAUGCCGACACACUGGGAAAUGCCUCCAUCAACCUCUCCCUGCAACUCACCGGUCGUGUCGGUGGCGGUGAAGACCAAAGCGCUGCAUUCGGGCCACAGUACCACGGUCAGGUGCGUAUCACCAUAAUCCUCGUCAUGAUCGCCUUCUCGGUCACGGGAAACAGCGUCGUCUGCUGGCGGCUACUGCGUAACCACCGGCGUCGUCGCUACCAGAAGGCGCACGUCCUGUUCCUAAACUUGGCCGUGGCCGACCUCCUGGUCACCACGGUCACGAUGACCUCGCAGACGGUAUGGGAGAUCAUGGGUCGCGCCUGGAUCGCCGGCGACGCCUUCUGCCGCGUCUUCAAGGUGCUGCAGACAUUCGCGCUCGCCUCGUCCACCUACAUGAUCGUGGCCAUCGCCCUGGACAGGCAGUUCGCCAUCGUUUACCCGCUAGCCAGGUGCCCCACGCCUUCUCGCCUGGCCGCGGCCGCCUGGGUCGCUUCGCUGCUGCCAUCGCUGCCAAACCUGUACGUGUUCCGGCUAGUCGACGCCGGUAAGGGGACCAGCUAUUGCACGUCCCUGUUCUACGCCCACAAGGCGGCCUCGCCACUUCCUCGUCAGCUGUACAUGACCUCCGUGUUCUUGGCCGUAUUCGUGCUCCCACUGAUCCUGCUCGUUGCCCUGUACGGCCGAAUCCUUGCCGAGAUUUGGCAUCAGAGCUCGGCUCUCAAGAACAGGCAACAGACGACCUCAGCACUCCCCAAGGCAAAGGUCAAGACUGUCAAGCUAACGGCAGCCAUCUUCGCUGCCUUCCUGCUGACCAACGUGCCCUACGUGAUCCAGGAGCUGGCCCUGGCUUUCGCCGCUUCCAGCGUCUCCCUGGAUCGAAACGUGGUGGCCCUGUUCGGCGUCAUCUCGGCCUCCAACAGCGCCAUAAACCCGUUCAUCUUCCUCUUCUUCCAAAAGAAGAGCAGCAGCUCGAAGCGGAGGAGGCGCUUCGUGAUGCCCUUCCGCAAGGACACCGUCGCUGAGGGCAAGCACGGGGCUAGCUGCUCCAGCUGUAGGAACAGCGGCGGUGGUCUCGAUCGCUACACCAGCUCGACAAAGAGCCAAUCGACCGUCUACACCGUGUCCACGAGAGACACAAACCCACGGUCGUCCUCGUCGGAACAGAGUGCCGAUCAAAACAAAUAA